AGCUUGUUCUCUGCACGGCCCUUUUGAACUACAACCAUUACAAUGCCCAGUGAGAAGAAAGAGAAUGCUAUAGGCCCCAUGAGGACCCGUAAGGGCUGGAAGGUUCCUUUUCGCCUGGGGCGGUUGCUCCAAUGGUUUAGGAGCAAAUUAGGAAAAAGUCGAAAAAUAAAAUCGGCAGUAUUUGACCAGUCGAACCUGAACAUGCAAGUGGAGCGUGGAUCCUCCAACAGCCUCUGUGAUCCACGCUCGAAGAAAUUCAUUAACUGGCCACAGAAGAAGCAGCAGCUAGUUAAACAGAGCCUCGUCACUGAGGAGGAUCAGGUGCUGUGCUCGCUGAUGGAUCUGAUUGAGUACAUAGAAUACAUCAGCAACGUUCAGGAGAGCUGGCAAAAACGUUUACUACAAGAGAAGCAGCUGCUGAAGGACUUUCUGCUGCUUAAAGUAAAAGGUGGAGUUCCUGAGAUGUUGCCUGAGAACAUCAGCUCUGCCCACAUGAUAGACUGGCUCAUCUACAGAGGCAGGAGCACCUUCAGGAACAUCACCAAGACUUAUGGGAAACCCAGCAGUAAUCCAAUCUAUGCUGAUCUGGUGUGGGAAUUAAAUCAGAGGAUCCAGCUGGAGGAACUGAGGGAAGAAGUUCUGCAGACUUUAAGUGCUGAUGACCAGGAAAAAGUCAUCAUUUUAGAUCAGGACUCGAACCCUCCUGGUUGUGUUGGUGCUCGGCCUGGAUCAUCUGUACUGGUUCUACCAUUUACAAACUGGAAUCAGAGAAACAUGUCGACUGAUGGAGCUGAAAGUGUGCUGAUGAUGGUGGAUGAUCUCCAGAUGCUAAUUAAUAGGAUCAAAGCCACUAUAUUGGAGAAAGUUCAGGAGGAUGUGGUUCCUGCUCUGCUGGACUUUGUGCAGCUCACACCAACCACCAGUGUGAAUCUUCAGGACUCGGGUUCAACUCAAAAUGCGAGCUGGGAAUGUACAACUCUGGAGAGUUCUCGGAUUAGUCCAGAUAGUCAGAGUGAUCCUGAAAGCUCCGUUUCAGUUUCCUCCAGCGAAUCUUUGAAGAUAACCACCGUGUUCAUGUCGGAGGAGAUUGUCGUGCUGAAGGCACUGAACAGUUUAAUGACUCUGUUGAAACAGAUGCAAUCUGAAUCCCCAAUUAAUCAGGUGACCUCUGGUGAGUUCGUACUUUCUGGAGAGAUCAAAUCUCAGGGCAUCACAACUGACAAUGCUGCAGAAGUCCUUCAAGCAGAGCAAAUAAGUGGAGAUAUCUUUCGACCCACCUUGGAAAAGAUAAACCGUCUUCUGACAAGUUCAGGGUUUCUGUCAUCAGAGUCUGGUCCAUCGAUAUUAUCUAAAUCUAUUAACUCAGACAGCCAUAGUUCACCCUGCACAUGCUUCCACCCAUUGCACAAAGCAAAGACGUUCUUUAUUAAUACUCUGGUGGGAAUCCAGAGAAAACUAUCAGCUCAGGAACCUUCUGUGUCAUCAGUUUCCUCAGUCAACAGUGAUGACAUCAGGGACAUGAUCAGUGGCAUCCUGAAGCAGAUUCAGGAAUCAUCAAGUCUUCCAGGAUCAUCUUGUUCAUGUUUCAACAAGAAGCAAGGCAGAAGGAUCUCAGCUUGUUUAUCAAAAAAGGACAAGACUGACCUCGGAAUAACCAUUAGACAGACCUUCAAUAUGUAUGACAGAAACAAAGACCAGGAGGAAACUGUUGAAUGUCUGAGCAUUUCCCUGUCUGAUGCCCUCUGUGAACAUCUGCAGACGAAAUGCCAACCUGAGAUCUCAAAGGUUAAAAAAUACACCAGCUCUCAGGUGGAGUGCAUUCUACCCUGCACCAGCAUGGCAUCAUCAGAUCUUCAAGUGGUCUCCUAUCCACUAACAGAAUCUGUUCUGAAUCUGCUGGAGGUCACUUUUGGUAACAAGGUGAUGAACUUGGAACUUGCAUAUAAACCAGCAGUUGAUCCAAACUUGAAGAAGCUCCUUGUUCAGUCACACAGUAACAACUCUGACCUGAAUAAUGUUGAGGAGCUUUCUACUGAAGAAAGAGGUCUACAGAAAACUUUUCAGGCCACUGAUAACAGCAGCAAUUCUUCAGGUUCUACUGAUCAGGACAAACUGUUGGACUCCUGCAAUCAAAUUCUGGAAAAAGUGGUGAAGAAAACUGUACUGAAGGUGCUCAUGGAGGAGUUCAGUGUUUCUAAAUCGAUCUUUAAUGAAGAAAUCCUUUCCAACCAGGAAUCAAUCAGGUCGCUGUCUCCUCGAAUUCAACUGAUUUUAUGGCUGCAAGUUUUGAUUGUGGGAAAGAUCUUGGAGCACCCGUUUCCUACACAAACUGAAACAGACGAUGAUGCAGAGAAUGAUUCCAUCCCAAGUUUUCAGUCCAUAAUAAUGACUGAUGGCAGAGAUGAACACAACACAGCUGCAGAUUGUUCAGAUGAUUUGGGUGCAACAGAAGCUUCUGCUGAAAGAACUCCAACUCAUACACCAGCAUGCACUGAAGUUAAGAAGAGUAACCAGGUCUCUACCUUCUUCAGGAGAACCUGGAAGUCACUGAAACGGACUUUUACCAAACGGUCCAACAAGAUUUACCCCGCCUAAUUUUCCACAAUUUGGUUCUAUUCUCAGAAAGAAGCAAAAGUAUAUUCACUCCUCAGCUAGUCAGGAGAUAGGAGAUUUCUUCUUGCAAGGCUGUUUUUGUAAAGAGAAAGAGACACUUCGAGGAAUUUUAACUACUUGUUCUAUCAUCAGGACUUCUUCAUCUUUCAGCUUUUAUCAUUGAGAAGUUGCCUUUCUCUCUGCCAUUCACCUGGCAUUACUGUUUUCUGCUCCGUCUUAGUCCCUCCAUCAGAGUUCUGCUGUACCAGAGACUUCUUUUGUGCCAUCUUGGUGUGGUACGUGUAAUGUUCCACAGCCUUUCUUUCCAUCUUGAUAAGGUACUACUGUACCUGCUGUACCACUGUCUAUUAACUUUGGUACGAUUGCUAUUCCACAGUCUUUUGGGGUUCCAGCAUGUUACAGAAAUCUUCACUGUACCAGAGUCUGUAGUUCCUGGUGUUCUGAGUAAUGCUGCUUGCCGAAAUCAGGCUACUUCGUAUUAACAUUUACAUUUACAAUUAAAUGGCUGUAUGAAGUGGUGAAAACUGGGAUUGUGUGAGCUGAGCUUCAUCUUUAUAGAUUUUGGGCUCCUCCUUUACCAGGAUUCUUACUUUAACACCUGAAGUAUUGGAUAACAAUGAAAACUGGGACUGCGUGUGCUGAGCUUCAUCUUUAUAGAUGUUGGGCUCCUUCCAUACCAGGAUUCUUACUUUAAGUGUUGGAUUACAGAAUGAAAUCUGGGAUUGUGUUUGUUGAGCUUUGUCUUGAUUGACGUUGGGCUCCUCCAGCAUGAUUAGUGACCUCAGCACCUACUCAGCAUUGUUCAGAUUCUUACCUUUGGAACCUUUGUGGAUCUGGAGGAUUAAGGUAUUUCCACUAGAGGGAGAAGAGCACCUAAACAUCCCUACUGACAGAAUUCCAUGGUGACUUUUCUGGCCAGCUGUUCCUGUGAAAAAAUGACAUGAAGACAUCACACUUGCUCUUCUGAACAUCAACGAUCUAGCUGAGGAUGUGAAUAUACUUUUAUCUACAAGCCAGACACCCCAAGACAGAGCACCCAGUUCCUCCAGCUGUGUUCCAUCUCUAAUAUCAAAUGGACAUUAGACGUGCAGUGCCAGUCAGAGGAGGAUGGGCUCCCCCUACUGAGCCUUGGUUCCUCUUAAGGUUUCUUCCUCCUAGUCAGAGGGAGUUUUUCCUUGCCACUGUAGGCCUCAGCUGCUCACUGGGGGUUUAAGCACUGAUCUCCGUCUAGCUGCUUUCUUCUCUGCAUCAUUCCAAUAAAAAUAAAAGCUUGGAAUUAA